AUGUCUGGAAGCUUGAUGGAGGUCAUCCUCGAAAUAUUAUCACUUAUCACAUUCCGUUUCAUCCUAGGGUGGUCACUGCUUGUGACAGCUUCAGCCCUUCUUUACCGAGUCUUGACAGACCCUUUGUCCAAAGUCCCUGGUCCAUUUAUCUCAAAGCUCACUGGGAUAGUAGACACAUUUUACUAUGUUCGUGGCUAUCGACACGAAUAUGUCCACAGUCUACAUGAAAAAUACGGCCCAAUCGUGCGGUAUGCCCCUGGACAUGUGAAUAUCUCCGACAUUGGAGCCGUACAUACGAUCCACAAGCUCGACAGAGGUUACAUCAAGGGAAAGUGGUACCUCUCGCUAGCGCCGCCGGGUGUGUGGACCCUCAUGAAUAUCACUGACCCGCGGAUGCACACCCGAUGGCGCCGUCUUCUUGGAGGACCAUUCCAAGAUAGCUACCUGCAAAAGCUAGAGCCGGUAGUGUGGGAGAAAAUGUCACUUGCAUUGGGUAAGAUGGAGGAGCAACUUGAAGAGCAUGGGCACAUUGAUGUUUUGAAGUGGUGGAUAUACAUGGCGCUCGACAUUAUCACGGAACUCAGUUAUGGAACGAGUGUCAAUAUACUACGGGGAGAAGAAGAAAGUCGCUAUAUAAUCGAGUAUCUCGAAGGAUUGGGGCCUGUGCAUGCCGUCAGAACCACAAUGCCGUGGGUCGUUGCAAUUGCAGCUCGACUGAAGCUGCCCAUUUUCAACAAACUUCUCAACGCGGGCCCUCGAGCUGCGAUUUGGGCCCAGAGGACGCUCGAUGCAUACAAGAGGUUACUUUGGGAGGCAGAUCCAAAGCCAACUCUCUUCACACCGCUCUUCAACAAUGGUGACAAAGGCUUUAAGGAUGAGCAGAUCAAGAACCUUGCCGGAUCUAACAUCACUGCCGGUAGUCAUACCACCGCCACUGUCAUGACCUUCGCCGUGUGGGCGAUCUGCAAGCACCCAGAGGUGAGAGACAAGCUUGUGGCGGAAAUCUCGAUGCUUUCGGACGGUUUCAAGCAUAGCGACGUCCGAAGUCUGCCAUAUCUCAACUGUGUUAUUCGUGAGUCCGUCCGGCUGUACGCUGCUGUUCCAUCGGUUCUCCCGCGUGAGGUUCCUCCGGAAGGGGCGCAGUUUUUGGGAUUCUUCAUCCCCGGCGGUGCAACUGUUUCGACACAGUGCUACAGCCUUCAUCGAUCACACAAAUUUGAUCCCGAUCGAUGGAUAUCCCCGACCAAAGAGAUGGAGGAAGCUUACAUGGGCUUUGGGGCCGGCACCAGAUCAUGCAUUGGGAUCAACUUAGCUCAUACCGAGCUCAGACUUGGAAUUUCAAACUUCUUUCGCAAGUUUCCCACGGCUGUGGUUUCCACAGAUGGAGGAAUGUCAGAUCUCGAUAUGAGACAGCGUGCAUGGGUCUUCAUGACCCCCGUCGGCCAUAAAUGCCUCAUUGGCGUUCAAUAG